UACCCUCGCACCCGUCUCCCGCAGACAGAUCCGCCUCGAUUCUUCGCCGCCGCGACGAGCUCCCUCCAUGGCGCCGCCGGCCGCCGCCGCGACCUCCUCGUCGUCCUCCUACACCGACACCUCGGGCUCCUCCUCCGACUCGUCCUCGUCCUCGGGGAGCGACCGACGCCGACGCCGCGCCCGCCACCGCAGCGGCCACCGGAAGGAUGCCGCGGCGGCGGCGUCGUCCUCGUCGUCGGCGCUGAAGGCGCGCAAGGACCGGAGGUCCCGCCACAAGCGGCGCCGGAGGGAGCGGCGGCGGUCCCCGUCCGACGACGACAGCUACAGUAGCUCAAGCUCUUACGACAGUGAACAUGAGGGCAAAUCACGCAAGCACAAGAAGAGCAGAUCAUCAAGGAAGUCUAGGGAGAGGGAGCGAAGCAAGGAUAGGCAUUCUAAACGAGACAAGAGCAAACAUAAAGAGCUGGGAUUCGUGAACGAGUGACAACAUGGUGGAUUGGCUUGCUGGUUGGCUUGUUGGUUGAUUGGUUGGUUUUGUUCUCUUCAAUGCGGGAGCUCUACACAGAAGAAAAUAGUGAACGUACUAGUGGCCCCGUGCAGCUCUCCAAGUUUCUUGGACGUGACAAGGAUGAAGGUGUUCAAAGGAGUGCAAUCUCUGGUAAAAAGAUAAUGAUGAAGCUUGAGAAAUCCAAGGAAGACAAGCAGGCAGAGAGCAAGCGCAAUGAAUUGUUGAAGUUUCUGAAUGCAAGUUAUGAUUGACAGUUUGUUGGAAGUGCUGUCAUUUGCUGCCUUUUGGAUUUGUCUUGAUACUACCGCUUAGUCCACCAGUGCUGUUGGUUAUAUUUACAAGUUUUUUGUUCCCUGUUAUUCUAGUUAUGGCAUGACCGUCUGUGUUCAUGCCAGCACUUAGAUAGUUGUCGCAUCACCGUUGUCACUAAAAACUAUUACAUUUGAUCCUGGGCUGAUAAUGUUUUCAAUUUUCAUAUUAUUACUAGCAUAUGCAUCUGAGUGUUUCCCGAUA